AAGCCAGCAGGGGUUGCAAUCAGGAAAGGGGAGUUUCAGGAGGCUGGGAUUGUAGAGCUUGCCGCGUUCCUGUAUUGGGCGGGAGGUGGGUGAGGGGAGGCUGGCUUGUGGUUGAUGGAGUUCAGAGGUGAGAACCUCGGUUUGAUUGAAUGGUGAGCGACGCUUGCCCGCUACAUUGUAACAAAGUGGCGGAGUAUCAGCUCGCCAGCUUCACUGCGAUACCGACCCAGACUCAAUAUACACAGGAUACAAUGGAACCAUGAACUUCAUUGCUUCUUAUUACGAAGGAGAUGAGAGAGGGUUUUGGGGAAGAAGAUAACGUGAAGUGAGAACAGGGGAAAAAAACGCUGGAUGGUGCUAUGGGAUGGAAGAAGCAGAACACAACAAGUACGUGUUACAGCUUAAGGAUGUUUUUGACAGCUGCGACACUACAGGGACUGGAUACCUGGACAGGGAGGAGCUGACUGAGCUGUGCCAGAAGCUUCAUCUGGAGGCUCAGAUCCCUCUUCUACUGCAGACGCUUUUGGGCAGCAACCAUCAUGGCAGGGUAAAUUUUGAGGAGUUUAAAGAAGGAUUUGUUGCUGUGCUAUCUACCAGUAUUGACCUCAGUAUUUCAGAAGAUGAGAGCAGUUAUUUAGAACCAGCUACCCCAAAGGAGAUUGAGCCAAAGUACGUCAAGGGAACCAAACGAUAUGGCCGCCGAUCUAUACCCGAGUUUCUGGAUUCCGAGAUGGAAACAACAGAUGACCUGGAGGAGCCGCUACAUUUCAAAGCAGCAAAGGAUGAAAUGUUUGUAGAGAGCAUCAACAGAAGUCAUUUGAGACGAUCAGCAUCUCUUGAAAGCGUGGAGAGCCUCAAAUCUGAUGAAGAGCUUGAACAUCAUAAAGAACCUUCACAUGAAACCUUUGAAGCGCAAGGUCAGUUGAGCAAAUACAAUACCGAUGACUUUGACAGUCCCAGGAGGUUCUCCACUCCUUGUCCUGAAGCUACAGAAAACCACGUGCAAGCUAUCUGGGAUGAGUUGGGAGUAGGGAGGAACGGCUACCUUAACAAGGAGGAAUUGGCGACAGUCUGUGAUAAUAUUGGCCUAAAGGAACUCAAAGACGAAGAAGUUACUGAUCUGUUCAGAAAAUUGGAUAAAGAUGGUGAUGGAAGAGUGAGCCUCAGUGAGUUUCUUCUUGGAUUAUUUCGACAUGGACCUGCGGCUUCAGUCCAUUCCACACCCUACAAGCAGAAAUAUCGUCGAGCUCUCCAUCAGGCCUUUGACGAGAACAGAUGUAUAACAGCAACUCCAUCCUUGAUGUCAAACACCGUUGGUUCACAACUGUUUUCCAGUCUUGAUGAUGGCACUGGUUAUGCAUCACCUGAACAAAUAAUCAACAUGUGGCAAGAAGACGGAAUUAAAAACAGUCAAGAGAUAUUAGAGACUUUGGACUUUGAUGUGGAAGAGAAGGUGAACCUUGCAGAGCUGACCAUAGCACUGGAAAAUGAGUUACUGGCCAGCAAAAAUGGGAUUCAUCAGGCUGCAUUUGCCUGUUACAAGAACGAAAUCAACUGCCUUCAAAGGCAAAUUCAACAGUUGAACAAGGAGAGAGACAAAGUGAAAGCGGACUUGGAAAGAGCAGAGAAGCGAAAUGUGCAGCUAGCCAAGGAAGUUGAUGACCGACAUGCCACAAUGGAAUUGCUCAACGAAACCAAAAUCAAACACUUGGAUCAAGGAUACAAGGAAAAGAUGGCAGCAGUUAAAUUGGAGAUGGACCGGGAACAAGAGCUGAUUGUACAGCAGGUGAACACACAGCAAGCAGAUCUGGAACACGAGAUAGAUUCCCUCCGAUUGGAGGAGAUCCAUUCAAAAGAAAAGCUGAAACUAACAAUGAAGGAGAACAGUCGAUUGCAGAAAGAGCUGGUGGAAACAGUGGAAAAAUUGACUGAAUCUGACAAAUUGGUUUCCAGAUUACAGAAGGACCUUGACUGCAUGCUGAAAGAAAAAUUUGGAGCACUGGAUCAUCCAAGUAUGGAGAUCUUUGGCCAAGAGCAGAGGUUCUCUGAGAUUAUAAUGGAGUAUGAGCAGCAAUGCAGGAGGGUGAAGGAGCUGCGUGACCAAAAUGAUGAGCUACAAUCUGAAAUGCAGGUGCUCCGCUCACAGCUGCACCACAGGAAACAUCGCCAUGCGGAUAAUAAGAAUUCCAUUUGUAUAAGUGCUGAUGGCAGUGUCAUCAAGUGUGAGUCUGCUCCUGAUAAGGUUUCCCCUGAAGGUGAAUGUGCCAACGUGAGCAUCAAAACAGAGAUAGCAAUGGAGCAAUUGAGAAAGCAGCAUCUACAGGAAGUGCAAGACCUUAAGAUACAAUUGGAAACAAAGGUAAAUUAUUACGAGAGAGAAAUUGAACUGAUGAAGAGGAACUUUGAGAAAGAGAGGAAAUACGUUGAACAAAGUUUUAAGAUUGAGAUCAGCGAACUGGAGGAUCAGCGGGUGGCCAGGGACCAGGAGAUGGAGAGACUUCAAGGUGUAGUGAACGAGCUCUGUGUUCAACAGCAACAAGCAGAAACCAGGCAGGAGGAGGCAUUCACUGAUCUGCUAAGGAAACAUGAAACGGUCAAGGUGAACCUGCAAGAAGAGCUGAGGAAAGAGCAGUCGGAGAAUUUGAAAUACAAAAUGGAGGAACUUAAGAAGGACAGAGAGUUGAAUAAAAUGUUUGAGGCAUGGGCUAAAACAAAGUUGGCAUUACAAAUGCAGGAACUGGAAAAGAGGUUUGAGUGGGAGAAGACAGAGCAGCAACGUGUUAUUGCCAAGGAGAAAUCUGAAUUGGAGCAGCGGUUAUCAAUGGAGAAACUUCAAAUGGAGAAAGAACUGAAACUUCAACAUCAAAAGGAGUUGCAGCAACUGAGGAAGGCAGCACGAGAUGAAUCUAACCUGAGGUUAUCACUUUUGGAAGUUGACCAUGUUGCAUUAAUCCAAAAGUAUCAGUCUGAGAAAACAGAGCUGAUCCAGAGUUACGACUUGAAAAUUGAGGAGUUGUUGAGACAGCAGAGUCGGGAGAAAAGUCAGUGGGAAUCUCAAGUUCAGGCAAUUUGCAAUGAGGCCAAGAAAGAGAAGCUAAAACUGCAGGAAAAAAUGCAGGAGGAACAAGCUGAGAUCUGUAGAACAUUUGCAAUAGAGAGGGAAGAAAUGGAAACCAAGUACAAAGAACAAAUACACAAUCUUGGCUCUGAGAUCAAGAGUUUAAAAGCUCAGAUUCAAGAGCUAAGAAGUGCGAUCAAUGCGGGUGAUCUAACCCAUCGGGAUGAAAAGCUCCCUGGGGACAACUUGUGCCUUUGCCGAGGCAUCUAUGCCCAUCCCUCAACCAGUGAAGAGUUUUCUACACUGAUGAAGAAAAAAGAAGAGGAGAUAUUGGGCCUACAACAGCAGAGAGAUGAGAUGGAAAUAAAACUGAGACAAGUAAUGGAUGAGUCUGAGAGAAAGGAGCAGGUGCUUGAAAAUGAGACAAGGAAGCUGCGGAGGUUAGUAGCUAAACUGGAAACAGGGACUAAAGCUGAGAAGAAAUACAGAUAUGAGUCUGAAAUGCUUUCUGAAGAAAACGCUUCCUUGAAAAGAAAAAUGGCAAAGUUUCAUCAGGAGUUCCAGGAUCUGGAAGGCAAAGUUAAUGAACAAAGAAAACAAGUGGAACAGUUGAAAAAUGAUAGAGAAUGCAGACAGAGGGAAUUCGAGGAACUUCAGAAAUGGAACAAACAGUACAUGGCUGGAAUUGCCCAGCUCAGUAGCAAGAAUCUGCAGCUGGGCGAUCAGAACUCCCAAUUCAGUGCUAAGGUAGACGCUAAUCAGAACAGCAUUCGGUUGCUCAAUACAAGACUUGCUGAACUUUCCCAGCAGAAGGAUGAGGUAGUCAGUGUUACCAGACAACUGCAGGAGACCUCCAGCAGAUUGGAGAAGGAGCAUUUCCAGCAGCAAUCUGCAUGGGAAAGGGAGAAACAGCUCAUGGAACAGGAACUGCAGGCAACUAAGGAAAAGGUGAAGAACCAAGAAUUGGGUUUGGAGCAAGCACAUUCUGAGCAAGACCAUCUGAAGCUUGAACUCCGAGUAAAGCAACAGGAGAACUUAUCGCUGGCACAGGAGAUGGGAUCUGUUACAAAGUCAUUGCAAGAGGCAAAGGACAAGUUGUUGGAGGUCAACACCGGACUGAUGCUCUCCCAGUCUCAACACCUGCAUGAAGUAAAACAGUUAAAGAAGCAGAUUGGCAAUACUGUGCCCAAAAAUCAGAUGGCACAAUUGCAGCUGAAGCUAACGGUGGAACAGCAGAAAGUGCAGCAUCUCCAACAACAGCUCAACGCCCAGAGUCAGGAAGCAAACCAGUUGAUGUGUGAACAACAGGAGGAGCACAAGAGACUUCUAAAGCGAAUGGAGGAAAGGAUGGAGGAAGUUGAACAGAAACUGAAGAAUGUACGAAUGAUGCUUCAAGAUAAGGUGAACCAGCUCAAAGAGCAGUUUGCUAAGAAUGCCAAGUCUGACCUGAUGUUGAAGGACCUGUAUGUGGAGAAUGCCCAGUUGAUGAAAGCAUUGCAGAUUACAGAGCAGCGGCAGAAGGGGGCUGAGAGAAAGAACUUCUUGCUGGACGAGAAAAUUGCAGCCUUAAACAGAGUGUUAAGAAAAAUUGCUCCAGCCUCUCUCUCCUAAUGGUGUCCAAACAUUGCGGCUUCUACAUUAUUUUAAAUGUCAUUGACAUCAAAAUAAUCAACUGAAAAAUCACUUUCUCUUUCUCUAUUCUGUUAAGAGAUUUUAUUUUCCUCAAUCUUGUAAUGCUCACCUCAUUUUUUUUCCUCAAAGAGAGGAAAAUGAACUACAAAACUUUCUUUUAUCCUUUCUCUCCUGCAGGCAGUGAUUUGUACUGAAGAGAAACACUAUACAGAGAUGGAUUAAAAUGUAGGAUGAGGAUAAAAGCAUCGAUUUAAUUUCUUGCUGAUAUUUCUGCCUCCAACAUAUUAAUGUUGCUUUUUUAAAAAUCUGAUUCCUUACCCCAGCCCUAAUGCUCUUUUUCUCCCUACAGUUUCAUAAACAGGAGAUUGAGAAAAGGAAACGUGAAGGAAAUCUGGAUGUGAGGGGGGAGACAGCUAGAAAUUAAGGUGGGGAAGUAGAAAUCAUAACAAUUUAUGACACAGGGUGAGGAUGUUUGGCCCAUUAUGUUCAUGCCGAUCAACAAAAAACUAUCCAGCCUAAUCCCAUCUUUCUGCACUAGGUCUGUAGCCCUGAAGUGAACAGACAAAUACUAGUUUUGAAAUGAAAAUACAAUCCACUGCUCUGAUCUAAGCAUUAAUUCUACUGUUGGGUAGGACAUUUGUUAACACAUUUACAAUGGAGAUUAUCUGCUUUCAGCUAACCUUGAAAGAGGCCUGACUGAUAUCAGUUUUCCUGUAGCAUCCAUGAUGAUGGUGACAGCAACAGUCCUUAACAAUAAGGAUUUUGCCAAUAUCCCCAAUGCAGUAGAACCUGUGUGUGUGUGUAUAUAUACAUAUAUAUAUAUAUAUAUAUAUGAUACAUAUUCUUAGAGCUACUUCAAUUCUGAUGUUUUUCCAGGGAAUAAAUACAUUGUUACAAUUAUUUUCAUUUCCUAAAUUUGUCAUUGGCUUCAUCUUGGAUGAGAUCAUCUGUAAUUAUUGAUUUUUUUUCUUAAAUCCAUUGCUGUUGUAUGUAUA